UUUAAAUUUCAAAAAAUUUUGAUUCAUUCAAAAAAAAAAAAAUUCGAUCAUAACAUGAAAUCUACGCGUCGAUUUCGUGAAAAAUCAUUGAUCAUUACACCGUUUUUAAUACGUAAACGUAAAAUACGAUAUGAAGAAUCAAUGAUUACGACAACACCGACAAUCGGAAAGAAUAUUCAAGAAUUAUCAACUUGUACCCCUACUAGUAGUUGCUGUUCAUCAUCAUCAUCAUCAGGUCUACAAAAUUUUCGUACAAUGAUUGAUUGUAUUGAACAAAUUGAACACGAUAAUCAUCAUUAUAAUCAUCGUAUUCAACAUCGAUUAGAUGUAAUCAAACGACAAUUACGACAACAUCGACAAAAUUAUUUUAAUCAACAAAAAAGUUAUCAUGAUCAGAGAAAAACAGAAAAAUUAUUGACAGAAAUAUUAUCUGAUAUACGAAAUAAUAAUGUCAACAUUGAAAUGAUAAAACAAGAUUUGAAUAUGAUCAAACAACGACAACAACUACAACAACAACAAUUAUCAUAUAAUCAACAAAUAAACGAUGAUCAAUAUCAAAAUGAGGAGAAGGAAAUCCUUCAAAUCAUACAUACAUCACCAAUAACAAAAUGUGAACAAAAACAAGUUUCAUUUCCUUUGAUGAUUUCAAAUGUUGAAAAUUCCAUCAAUUGUCAAAUUGAAUUACCAAGAAGAAUGGAUGAUCAUGAUCAUCAUGAUUAUAACGACGUCAAUGAUGAUGAUGACCUCAUAACGGCACCAUUAUUAUCCAUACCUCAUUUAAUUUCCGAUUCUUCAUCUCCAUCAUCACCAUCAUCAUCAUUGAUUUGUAACACUAGACCUGUAGCCGAUGAAAUGGAAUCAAUUCAUAUGAAACUUAAACGUCUAAGAGAAACGGUUAAAAAUCCAAGAAUCAAAAAGAUAAUCUUCGAAGGACAACAAUUGUUUACAAAUGAUGGUCGUUACAAUAUAAACACUAGACAGCAAAUUCCAAUGGAAGAUGAAACUAUUCGUUGGGUUUUACAUCCAACAAUGAUGAUGUGUGAAUAAAAAAUGAGCCUUUAACACAGAACAAGAACCAUUGUGUAUGGCAAUUCAAUCCUUGAAAUGGAUGAUGAUCGUUAAUGAUGGGUCGAUGAAAUUUUCAAUGACGAAUUGAAAUUUUUUUUCUCAAAUAUUAUGUCAGUUAUAUUUCCAAUAAAAGAGAAAAACAAUUUUCAUGUUUUGAA